CCUCAGAAACACUUGAGCAGAAAAAUAUAAGGCGGAGCUUCAGAUCGCAUCUGAAAGAACGAGGACGGAAAAUUAUUAAUUUCACGCGUAUUGAAGGAAUUUCAUAAUGACAGAAAUCAGCUUGAAUUGUUUACCUGUUGGAAUGACAUCAGUGGGGAAGAAUGUCUAUCCAGUCCUCAACGCGUUGGAUGAGUCCGAUGAUAAAGGAAAUGACGUCACAACUGAGAAUUUUGAAGGAGUUGAUCCAUGUGUACUGACGGGCUACCGUGAAAUGGAUGGAAGCACAAAUGAGCAAGGAGAGGUGGAGGACUUGGAGGCCCCUGCUCAGGAUUUCAACCUUGCACAUGAGGAAUUGGGAUUUCAGGACGAAUUGGGCUUUCUGUAUCUUCCAAUCAAUCUACGUGCAAUUUUUGAUGGGACAAUAAUGGUUUUGUCCAUGGAAAAUCGAAUAACUCUGGAGAAAUUCUGCGAUGAAAUGCGAGAUAUAUUCAGAUUUGGCGAAGAAGACGAAUUCACUAUGAAAUGGCUAGACGAAGAAGGCGACCCAUGUACUAUUUCAACUCAAGUAGAACUUGAUGAGGCAAUAAGAUUAUAUGAACUUAACAGGGAUUCUGAGCUUGUUGUUCAUUUAUUUAAAGGUAUUCCAGACGAACCAGGUCGACUAUGUGAUGGUGAAACAAGGAAUAUCUACAGACGAGGAGCAAAGAGAUGGAGAAAGAUCCACAGAGUUAAUGGUCAUUCAUUUGUGGCAAAGAGAUUUAGUCGGCUUGCAGCUUGUUCGUUUUGUUCAGAUAGAAUUUGGGGACUUGGUAGACAGGGUUACAAAUGUCUUGAAUGCAAGCUAGUUGUUCAUAAAAAAUGCCACAAGUUGAUAAAGAUCCAAUGUGGACAACAACCACAUCCAUCAAGUCAAACAAUUCAUUCAUCACUCCCUCCCAUUGGAGCAGUGGGCACAAAACUUCCCCCAGCAGAGGAAGCACCAGGACCCAAAAGAACGAGAAGUGACAGUCCAGCAACUCGUAAGCGAGGCCUUGUUACUGUUGAUUAUUCACAUGGAUCCAAGGCUAAGGAGGCAUCAUCUGGAAACAAUUUCUUGAUUUCACUGAAUGACUUUACUCUUCUCAGAGUGAUAGGAAGGGGCAGCUAUGCUAAAGUUUUGUUGGUCGAGUUGAAGAAAAAUAAGAGAAUAUAUGCAAUGAAAGUUGUAAAGAAAGAGCUUGUUAAUGAUGAUGAGGAUAUUGACUGGGUUCAAACAGAGAAACAUGUUUUUGAACAAGCAUCAAAUCAUCCAUUCCUGGUUGGACUUCAUUCGUGUUUCCAAACUGCUAGCAGGUUGUUUUUUGUAAUUGAGUUUGUGAGUGGUGGUGAUCUUAUGUACCACAUGCAAAGACAGAGGAGAUUACCUGAAGACCAUGCAAGGUUUUAUUCUGCUGAAAUUUCAUGUGCACUCAAUUUCUUACACGAAAGAGGUGUGAUUUACCGGGAUCUCAAACUAGACAAUGUUUUACUUGAUUCUGACGGCCAUGUGAAACUAACAGAUUAUGGAAUGUGUAAAGAAGGUCUUCGUCCUGGUGAUACAACAAGCACAUUCUGCGGAACACCAAACUACAUUGCGCCUGAAAUUCUUCGAGGGGAAGAUUAUGGGUUCAGUGUCGACUGGUGGGCUCUAGGAGUACUCAUGUUUGAAAUGUUAGCUGGAAGAUCACCUUUUGAUGUUGUAGGAAGUGCAGAGAAUCCUGAUCAAAACACGGAAGAUUACCUCUUUCAAGUAAUUCUAGAAAAACCUAUAAGAAUUCCUCGAUCCCUGUCUGUAAAAGCGGCUUCAAUACUCAAAGGAUUUCUCAACAAGAAUCCCAUCGAACGUCUAGGCUGCCAUCCUCAGACAGGAUUUGCAGAUAUAACAUCACAUGUGUUCUUCCGGACAGUCGAUUGGGAACAGUUGGAAGCAAGACAAGUGGCUCCCCCGUUCAAGCCGAUGAUAGAAGAUCAGUAUGGACUGGAAAACUUUGAUCCUCAGUUCACUAAUGAACCUGUUCAACUCACACCAGAUGACCCGAAAAUGCUCGAGACCAUCGAUCAGUCGGAGUUUGAAGGCUUUGAAUACAUUAAUCCUCUUCUAAUGUCCUCAGAGGAAUGUGUAUAAUGGCUGCCUUCCAAGACUGGAUAGCUUCAUGUAUAGAAAUCAGUAGAGUCAUUCUUGAAAUUAUAUCUUUAAUACCACUUAUACACAUUUACACUAACAGUUCACGUUCUGCGCAAGAAAGGGGGCGUGAUCUUUUAUCGAAGGUAUCGCAAACGUUUGGUAUCGGAAUCAUUCAGAAUAACUGUAGCUCUGUGAUUGGUUACAAAGUGCCCGAAGGGCUCUUCUCAACCAAUCAAAUAGGACUUCAGAAUCAAUCGCUUAUUGAUAAUUUGCGCUUCAUACCUGGCCAAUAAAUUGAUUUCUUUUUUACUUUUCUAUAAAUUUGCUUGAUUUGGUUUUGUGACUCAAAAACGAACAACUGUGUGUAGCAGUUUUGUAUACGGUAGAUAACACAUAUUGACAUGUGGUAUUAGAUGAAAGAAAGCUUGCGAAAUACUUCAUACUCAUUUUCUUUCUUACUUUAGAGGAAUUUCUAAUGUGUUACCUGUUCUCAGGUGACAAAUGUAUAUAGUACGAAUAUACCUGGCAGAGGGUGCGGGAAAGAUACUACAUUUACCAUACAAUGCCAUCAGAUCCUAAAAAAUGUAAUUUUCUUAGAGAUGACUUGCUAAAGGAUAAAAUUAGAAUUGAUAUGUUAUUUUACACGAAUAAAAUUGUAACGUAGUAAAGUAAAGUAAAGGCUGAUUGGAGCAGCUCUAUUUUCCGCCGUUAAAAAUAAAACUUGGUAAGUUAUACUCUUUUGUGCCCUAAAAAAACGCAUUGUUGUAUUGAGGAAUGUCUUAGUUUGGCUUUGUUCAUGUGAUACGUAGAGGAUGAUCUAACACCUGUAAAUGUUUUGUGACUGGGCCAUAAACGGGUUGUCAUCGACCAAACCAGUAAAAAUCAGAAUUAUUCUAUGUGGGACUGGUCACGUGACCCUUGCUCUUGGUCCUGAUUGGCAAUCGAAUCUGAUUUAGUUUCAAUGCGGGUUGGAGAUUGAAAACAGGUCUAUUUCACUUAUCACGUUUGAAAUUUAUUUAUAAUAUAAGAUCACAAAACUUGGCACUCAUCAUUGUGGGUUCGGUACAAUAGGUAGGUAGGUAGGUUGCUCUAAAGUUUUGAAAUUGUAAACAGUACUGGGAAAUUGCAUGCUAUUUUUUAUGCCGAGAUAUACAAUAAAUCAAUUUGGUGAAGCUUCUGA